AUGAUGACAAUUGAGAAUGAUACAAUUGUUGGGCUAGAUGGAUUGGAAAGUAAUUUUGAUUCUCAAGCCUAUCUUUCGGAUUUUUAUCAACGUGUUGAUGAUCCAGCAAUGCAAAUGAUGAUUAUGUUGUUACCUAGUAUUGCUGAGCGUAUUGAUUGUUAUGAUAAUCUUUUGGAUUUUGGUGCUGGACCAACCAUACAUGUUUCGGUUGUUUUCAGGAAUAAAGUAAACAAUAUAUAUUUGGCUGAUUAUUUACCGCAAAAUCGUAAUGAAUUAUCACGAUGGGCAAAUGGUAAAAGUGCAUUUGAUUGGACACCAGCACUUAAAAUGAUUGCUUCAGUGGAAGGUUCCGGUUGGUUGCAACUUGAAGAAAUGGAACAAUAUACUAAGUCAAAGAUUCGUUCAAUUUUUCACUGUAAUUGUCAUAAUAAACCAUCGAUAAGCGCUCCGAAAAUUCUCCAAAAUAAUUUUGAUAUAGUUGUGACUAUUCUUUGCUUGGAAUAUUGUUGUAGCAGUGAGAUGGAAUAUAAGGAAGCAGUACGAAAUGUUGUAGAUCAAGUAAAACCUGGCGGUUGGUUUGUAAUGGGUGGUGUAUUAGAAGAAACGUGGUGUUCAUUCGGUGGACGUAAAUUUACGUGUUUAUAUCUUACCGAAAAUUUAUUAUUUGAAGCAUUACGUGAAGCUAAUUUGUUAGUAGAUGAUGAUCAGUCAUGUAUUUAUUACUGUGCGCAAGGUAUUUUCCUCAUUUGUUGUAAGAAACAAAUUUAA